CAUCUGAAGAAGCUAAGUUCAUCCGUGGCUUUUACCAGUUUUUUGGAGAAAAAACACUUUAAUUAUUAUACUUUUAUAUUCGUGUUAUUCAUUUUUUGAAUACGUCCACUUUGUUUUCUUUCUCAUAUUUGGAACUAAAUGGGAAGGUAAAGCAUGUAGGAACCUGUGCUUGUGUAUAGGCUAUAGUAAGAAGGACGAGCACCGUUUCGAAGUAACAUGAUAACGGUUUGAUCUAACCUUUGGGCAUUAGGAACUUUUUAAGAGCGCGUGCCUCUUACAAACUGUAAUCCUUUAACAAUGAUCAAUGGAUAAGCUGUGAUAGGCUACAUAAGAGCACUCAUGUGCUACAAACUUUACAAAAAGUAGGUCACUGCGUUUAUGAUCCGGUUGUUUACUUGCUGUUUUUUAAGUCAUCAUGCAGAAAGAAAAUUUGUUCAAAGUUCUGGUCAUCGGAGAUCUCGGAGUUGGAAAAACGUCAAUAAUCAAGCGAUACGUUCAUCAGGUAUUUUCUCAACAUUAUCGCGCGACUAUUGGAGUGGAUUUUGCUCUUAAAGUCCUUCACUGGGAUAAACAGACGGUAGUCCGGCUGCAGUUAUGGGACAUAGCAGGACAGGAGCGCUAUGGGAACAUGACAAGGGUUUACUAUCGGGAGGCCGUGGGAGCCCUCAUAGUAUUUGACGUGACCAGAGCCUCCACGUUUGAUGCGGUGCAGAAAUGGAAAGACGACCUGGACAUAAAGGUCACUCUCAGCAAUGGCAAACCUGUCCCAGCUGUGCUUCUAGCCAACAAGUCUGACCAAUCACGUGAGGGGCUGCGUUCCCAGAUUCCAAAGCUUGACACAUUCUGCAAAGAGAAUGGAUUUGUGGGCUGGUUUGAGACCUCUGCAAAGGAGAACACAAACAUCGAGGCGGCAGCUAAAUGUCUGGUGGAUCACAUUUUAACCCAUGAGGAGAGCAUCAGCAGCAACACAGACCCAGAUGUGGUGGCCCUCCCCGGGUACAACAACAACACCAAAGAACGGGUCCGAGGCAGAUGCACGGCCUGUUCCAAAUUCUGAAUAGGAGGAUGAAAGUCAGUGAGAAAGAUCUGAAAAUAUAUAGCAGUUUGUUAUAGAUUUAAGAGGACUCAGCCAUUUAACGGUACCCAAAACAAUGAGAUUCAUCUUCAAGAGACAAGAAAUGCAACAAAAUGGCGGGGACUGUGAAAAAAGGAUUGUGCUGAUUAUAUAUAGCGUGAAAUCUCACAUAAUUAGACAGUGUUGGUGGCGCUUCGAUUUGAACGCUUUGACUCAUCAGUGUUCUGUUUACAGGUGAAUGCUCUAUGAUUUUAGCCAGGUACUAAUUUAGUCUAGGUCAAAUAUGCAUUUAUUCUUGUUUUGUGUGUGGACACUUUGUAACCAUGUGAUAUUUAUU